AAGUCUUCGAUUUGUGACAAAGAAAAGUUGUGAGUUUGAAGGUGGAAAGUUCCCUUUAGAGUCGUGUUCUCUGUAGCAGAAGUCUUUUAUUGCAACAAAAAAGAAAGGUAGCCUGGAUUUAUUGAUCACGGUUAGAGGAUUAAAAACCAUGAGCCAUCUUGAGGAGUUAAAGCAAGAUUGCGAUGAAUUACGUGCAUUUAUUGCCGAAUCCAGCCGGGCACGUGUGAAGGAAGUCCUACAGCGUGAACUCAUCAAACUUGAGCAAGAAGUCUCACUGCUGUCGCGCGAGAAACCGGCUUCCACUGAUCAACCAAAUGCUACUGCUGAGGAAAAACCAAGCUCCUCGAAACCAGUAACUGUGUCAAGCUAUACGAAAAAGAUCACUUCAUACGGCUGGGAUCAGUCUGACAAAUUUGUCAAAAUCUACAUCACACUUCCAGAGGUUGAAACUGUCCCCAAGGAAAGCCUAGUUCCAAAUUUUGGAGAUAGAUCCGUCGAAGUGACAGUUAAGGGUCUGAAAGGGGUAAAUUACCAACUUCAAAUUUGUCGUCUCUACAGCUCAAUUGUUCCUAGCACAAGCUAUUUGAAGGCCAAAUCAGGAACCCUGACAGUCUUUCUGAAAAAGGAAAAAAUGGGAGAGAAAUGGGAAGAUGUAGUGUACAAGGAGAAGAAAGAUUUUAAGCCACCUGGUCUUGAUGAAUCCAAGGAUCCAUCAGAGGGAAUUAUGGACUUGAUGAAGAAAAUGUAUGAUGAAGGGGAUGAUGAGAUGAAGAAAACUAUUACUAAAGCAUGGAUGGAGUCGAGGGAAAAGCAGGCGUCAGGUAUCAUGUGAUUGAUUGAUGGACAUUUGUUGAUUAAAAGUCGUUUGAUUAGGGAUUGAUUGAUGAUAAAGUCAAGAUUUGCUAACAUUUAUUUAGUUAAAUUGUUCUUGUUCUAAAAAAAACUUCUGUUAAACUCUGAUUUAAGCACUGGUAUAAAAUUGUAUUUACACAAUGUAUGCAAUUAGUUGUGUAUCAAACAAGGCAUUGCUUAGUUGGUAGUGAUCUUGAAGCAUAUUAUGCUAAAUAAACCUAUUAUUUUAUUA